ACGCAGCUUGCUUAGUUCACCCACAACCAAGACGAAAGCGUUUUAAAAUCGAAGAAAGUAAAAGUAUUUUUCCCUUCCUGGCUGCCGCCAUUUUUUAAAUUUUUUAGUUUCUUGACCACGAAGCUUAUUGCGCAUGAGCAGAUGGCGAAGGUGGAAGCACGAAGCAAUUUCAGUUUUUCAAUUUUCAAAGAUCAUAACAAAGAUGUCGUCGCGUCCUAGACAACCAGUUGCGAAGGGUGGCCUUUGGGCUCCUUCUAGGCAGCCUGUGAGCAAAGGAACGCAAGAUUUACUUAAAGGUAUAUUGUACAUUACAUAUGUUAUCGAUUGAAGGUUUUUUCCUGUGGUAUAACCUAAUUUCCUGCCAAAUUUCUCCUCUAGUUAUGAUGCAAGAGUCAAAGCUGACCAAUUUUCAACAAAGACAGCUAAGUGACCGCUUGAAAGGUUAGGAAAUUUGGUCGAAGUUUAUUUUUUGUCUCCUUGUUCGAUUAAAAGUCGUUUCUUUAGAAACUACAUCGAAAAACAAUUCAAAAGAUAUUGUUCUCGCAGUCGGUGUUUCCACUUGUUAAAAUAAAAAUUUCCUUGAAAUUGUUUCAAGAUCUUAAUUUUGCCUAUGAUUUUGGCAUAACUGGUGCAAUGACACCACCAUGUUGUCACCAUGUUCCUAGCCAGUGUGGUUAUGAGAGCCAGUCACCCCCCUGAAAAUAUUCAAUAUGGUGGAUCUUCAGGGGGGGGGUGAAUGCCUCUCAUAAGCAUACUGGCUUGGAACAUUGCGAGUGCAUUUUGAUGACGAAUCAUGAUGUACAUGGUGGUGGUUCAGUGGUGGAUUUAGGGGGGGGGGGGAGAACUGGGGGUCAACAGGGGUGUAUGGGGGGUGGGUGCAAAAAUGAUGUUUAUCCCAAUUGCGUAUCAUUAAUAGACAAUAGCGGAAUAGCCAAUAUUAAAUAUUCUGAAUUUGUAAAUGUUUUGAGAAUCUAAAAAUUUUCUCAGAAUGCUGGAAAUGCCAUUUCAGAGACCCAAAUUUUCCGGGGGAGUAUGCCCCCGGACCAGCCUAGAAAUCUCACACCUUUGGCGCUUGUUCCGCCAUUGGUUAGCACCCGCCCAAAAAAACUGCUGGAUCCAUCACUGUGGUAGUUAUGCUUUUUUGGCUCAGUCGGCCUUCUAUAAGAUCUCUAUUCUGUGCAUGCUCCUAGCCAGUGCACUUAUGAGAGGCAUUCAUGCCCCUUAAAACACUCGACACGCCAGAGAAUUUUACUUGUCAAGGGGAGAGUGCUGCUGCUCAAUGGCUUAACCAAAAAUAUCUGCCUUGUUAACCACACCCUACUUUGUUAUAAAUUGAACUAAACAUUUGAUUUUGCCAGGUGGGGAUUCAUUUCCAACGGAUGUUAAUCCAACCAGUAGCGCGAGGAAAGAGGCUCGUAAUACAUCAUCAGCAAAGUCGGCUGGCAAGGCUAGGGACGGAAGACAAUUGACCGGCGCUGGUAAACGUUCUCAAGCCGACAUAGAGAAGAGGGUGGCAAACGAUGAAGAGGACCCAUAUAGACCUCCUCCUGGAAGUAUGUUUGUGGUUCUUUAUACCACCUUCACAAAAGAUUUUCCCUGUGUACCUUUUCGCAAACGAUUUUCCCUGUGUACCAAGUUAGUUCAGUUCAAGGUUUCCUGCUGUAGUGACACUCAGAAUCAAUAAGAGAUGAUCCUUACUGGACCUCUAGGAAGAACAGUUUAGAACUGAUAGAGCUAUCCAGUAUAAAUAAAGUUAGUUUAGUUUAGGUUUCCUCCUGUAGUAACACUGGAUCAAUAAGAGAUGAUUCUUACUGGACCUCUAGGAAGAACAGUUUAGAACUGAUAGAGCUAUCCAGUAUAAAUAAAGUUAGUUUAGUUUAGGUUUCCUCCCGUAGUAACACUGGAUCAAUAAGAGAUGAUUCUUACUGGACCUCUAGGAAGAACAGUUUAGAACUGAUAGAGCUAUCCAGUAUAAAUAAAGUUAGUUUAGUUUAGGUUUCCUCCUGUAGUAACACUGGAUCAAUAAGAGAUGAUUCUUACUGGAACUCUAGGAAGAACAGUUUAGAACUGAUAGAGCUAUCCAAUAUAAAUAAAGUUAGUUUAGUUUAGGUUUCCUCCUGUAGUAACACUGGAUCAAUAAGAGAUGAUUCUUACUGGACCUCUAGGAAGAACAGUUUAGAACUGAUAGAGCUAUCCAGUAUAAAUAAAGUUAGUUUAGUUUAGGUUUCCUCCUGUAGUAACACUGGAUCAAUAAGAGACGAUUCUUACUGGACCUCUAGGAAGAACAGUUUAGAACUGAUAGAGCUAUCCAGUAUAAAUAAAUAAAGUUAGUUUAGUUUAGGUUUCCUCCUGUAGUAACACUGGAUCAAUAAGAGAUGAUUCUUACUGGACAUCUAGGGAGAACAGUUUAGAACGGAUAGAGCUAUCCAGCAUAAAUAAAGUUAGUUUAGGUUUCCUCCUGUAGUGACACUGGACCAAAAUAGAUGGCUCUUACUGCAUCCCUAGAGAGAAUGGUUUAGAACUCGUAAAGCUGCAUCCAUGAUAAAGUUCGUUUAAUUUGAGGUUCUUUCUGUACUCUAUAGAAUAUAUAUCAGAGAAAGACAAGAGACUGUUACAAAACACGAUGGCCUAUGGCGAGGAAGGAGCAGCCAUGAUCGAGGAAACGCCAAGACCAAGGAAACCUAAACGAGAAGUUAAACCCGAACCUGAAAUUGAUCGUUUUGAUGAAGGUAAGCCUGGAGCUUCUGCUGACCAGGUGCGUUCAAUCCUACUACUCUGAUCAGGGAUUAACUAUUUCAUUUCUCUUCAGUGGUUCAACUAAUCGAAGAACGAAAACAAUUCUUGGACGAUAUGGAGAAACUUGGUCAGGGCAAAAAAUAUCGGAAUAUCAUAGCUGCUGAUAUUUCCCAGGUAUACAGCAUCGACUAGCUUGUGUAAAAUAUGUACAAUUUUGUAUCUGAAUGUUGCUAUCCAAAGUACUUUUUCUGAUAACUCAUGUGCCUAGUUACCAUUGUUCUGAUAAUGUAAGCAUAUUAGAAUGGAACAAAGGUAACCAAACAUUUAAAUUGUAUAUGUGAGAUACUAGUUCAAAUCCGACUAUGAGGACUGGACCAGAUUUCAAGUCCGCGCAAUUUGAUCAAUGACAUCUCGUACGAAUAAAUCAAUACUUAAUUAAUUUUGAUCCAUUCCUAGGACUGGAUCAAUGUACUUCAUCAGGUAUCCAGUAUUAUCAUGUGAGCAAAAUAUAGCGAUAUGGUUGGCUAAUUUAUCAUGAAUUAUUAAUGUGUUUGAGAUUGAAUUGAUAACUCACAUGCCUAGUUACCACCGUUCUGAUAAUGUAAGCAUUGAAUGCAACAAAGAUAACGAAUUAUUGAAAUUGUGUAUGAGUGAAUUAGGUGGUAAAUGCAUAAAUAUGUGUUGGCCAAUUAGGUCUAUUUAAUACUAUUCUUUUUCACUGUAUAAUUUUAAUAUAUUAUUAAUUUUUUUAUUUAUUUAUUUCUGUUUUAGGGAAUACGAGAACUUGAGCUUAUCGAUAAGAAACGAAGCGAGGAUCUUAAUCUCGCGCUAGAAAAAGACACAUCAACGGACGGCUAGUGCGACCGAUCUAAAUUUAGUUUAAUGCCACAAUUUAAUGUACAUUGCUCGAGGAAACGCUGCCAUAUUAGGAAAUUUAGUUCUAGUUUAUUUCCAUUAUACUUUACUAGAAAUACAGCAGAAUAAGUAAGAUUGUGCGUGAAAUUCGACCUGGUACAAUAAACUCAUGAAUUACAUCCCACACAAUAUGAAGUGACAUUUUUAAUUUUUAUAUAUUACCAAACAGGCUGGAUAUUUUACUUUUAAUUGUAAAUAUUAAAUUUAUGUAAAUUAGCUUAAUAUAUUGUGAGGAAAUAUAUGAUUUAAGAGAUGCACACGGUAGUCUAAGUUUUAUGUAUUAUUAAUUUCCUUAACUGUCUUAAUUACAAUAAUUAAUAUUUUAAUUUAAUAACCACAGUUAUGAUGCUAGUGAUUUUGGUGGUGAGUAUGAUGGUUAUAUGAUGAUGACGAUGGUGAUGAUGAUGGUGGUAAUGGUAAUGAUGGUAAUGAUGGUGAUGGUGGUGGUAUGGUGAUGGUAAUGAUGGUGAUGGUGGAAGUAAUGAUGGUGAUGGUAAUGAUGGUGAUGGUAAUGAUGGUGAUGGUGAUUGUAAUGAUGGUGAUGGUGGUGGUAAUGAUGGUGGUGGUGAUGGUAAUGAUGGUGAUGGUAAUGACGGUGAUGGUAAUGAUGGUGAUAGUAAUGGUGGUGGUGGUGGUGGUGAUGAUGAUGAUGGUAAUGGUGGUGAUGAUGGUGGUGGUGGUGGUGAUGAUUAAUGGUCUUGACCAAUAGUCAUGGUUAUAAGUCUAGCAGAUUUGAGACAUGAACCAGACAUAUAAAGUAAAGCUAAAGUGCUAAACGCAAACCAGGAAUCGUGGUAGAAACACCUGCCCCCCUGCCAUGUUUCCUAGCGGUGGGCAAACUACGAAACAUUGCUUCUCGCAACAAUGAUCAUAAUUGGAAAGCAAAAUAUGAAUUUAUUGGAAAACGUUUUUUCCUUCUGGGAAUCAACUUUUGUUCCUCAAUGUUUCCUGGUUUGCCCAGGACUUGUGCAUGUAAUGAUAUUCUCACUAUUCUUUCUCUUUCCACUCAAAGUAGCCACGAUGAAAACACAACCCGAGCACAAUGAGUAGACACAGGAGACCAGACAAACCAUAGAUAGUGUAACCGAAUGCACUGCCAGAGAAGUAUUCCAUCAAGCCGGUCUUAUGCU